AUGUUCAAUAAUACAAUAUUAUUAGAAUUGAAUUAUACAAACGAUACUUGUCAUAAACAUCUUUUAUGGAGUCCAUCUACAAUGGAAAGUCAACGACGAGUAUUAUACAUUUGUAUAGUUGCUUCUAUAAUUCAUUCGAUAUUUUGGCUUCAAGUUACUUUUUGUUCAUCUGUUCGACAAAAGUCUAUGCAAUGGCUUUAUGCCUAUUUAAUUACUGACAUAUUCCUUCUUAUUCGAUUUUUUUUCCUAUUUAUUGUACAUACAACAUCGACGAAAUGUAUAUCGAACAAAUCAUGGUAUAUUUUCAUCUGUUAUUUCGAAGCACUUUUAGAUAAUUAUUUAAAUACAAUUGAAAUAUACAUAUUACUUGCAUUAAAUAUAUGUCGUUACAUACAAAUUGUACAUAAUCAAAAUGUAUAUACAAAUUAUAUACGAAUAUUGAUCUGUACUCAUCUAACUAUUUAUAUAAUACCAAUACUUAGUUAUAUCAUUCAAUUAUGUGUUAAUUGGACUCAAAUACGAGAGUAUGUAGGUUCAUCAUGUGAUACACAAUUUACAAAUAUAUAUGCUCAAGUUAUAAAUAUUAUUUUUGGAUUUAGUCUACCAAUUCUUCUUAAUGUAUUCGUUGUAUGUUGUAAUAUGAAUCAUAUUCAUUCAACUUCUCGGUUAAGCCAAGCACAACAUCAUGAUACAGCUCGUGAAAAAUAUCAACGUUCCUUAGUAAUUCAAUUUCUUGCUUUUUACAUAAUAUGGCUUUUACUUUGGUCUCCUAAUAUUAUCGUAUAUCAAUUCACAAGUGGUGCAUCAAAUAUAACAGAAAUAGCUUCAUUACUAAAUUAUAUUGAAAUUGCUCUAGAUCCAUUCAUAAUUGCUGCAUUAGAUGUUCGUUUUCAAAAAUCGUGGCGUAAACUAGGGAGAUAUUUUAUAAAUAGGAUAUUUGGUAAAGGACCAAAUGGAAGAAAAAUUAUGCCAACAUCAACUAAUCCAAUUCGAUCAACUGGACACGGACAAUUUCCAUCAGCAGUUAAUAUAAGCCGAUCAUUAGGUUAUCCACAAAACCAAACAGCUACUUUUCCAAUACAGAAAAAUGAAAAACUUGAACUACCCGUUCCAGUAACGUAA